AUGGCCCCUGCAAGCAUCUGCUUCGUGCUGGUGUUGUUGGCCAUCUCGCUGUCAGUUCUAGUUACUGGUGUGGCUUCUGCUUCUUCGUCUUCCCCAGGCCAAAGUACGACACCGAACAUCAAUGGCAGCGACACCGACCUUGCCGCGCUGCUGGCUUUCAAAGACCAGCUCUCCGAUCCUCUCGGCGUUCUUGCCAGAAGCUGGACAACCAACGUGUCCUUCUGUCGCUGGAAAGGCGUGUCAUGCAGUCAGCCUCAGCAGCGCGUUACUGCGCUGUCGCUGACAAGUGUGCCAUUGCAAGGAGAGCUCAGCCCACAUCUCGGUAACCUCUCUUUCCUCAUGCAGCUCGACCUCACAAACACUAGCCUCUCCGGCACAAUUCCUGCUAAUCUUGGUACGUUACAUCGGCUUAGGGAACUAAGUCUCCCUGCAAAUGGCCUCUCAGGCUCCAUUCCUGGUAGCAUAGGCAACCUCUCACAGCUGAACCUUCUUGACCUUGGUUACAACACACUCUCCAGCCAGAUCUUGCCAGAGGUUCUACAGCAACUUCCCAACCUUCAGAUCCUUUUUCUGAAUAAUAACGAGUUAAGUGGCCAAAUACCGCCAUAUCUAUUCAACAACACACCUUCCCUGAGGUACAUCUCCCUUGGAAGCAACAGGCUAUCAGGUCCGAUACCACAGGGUUUGAGUUCCCUGCCCCUACUCGAGUACUUAGACCUGCAUCUCAAUCAGCUCUCUGGAACAGUACCCGCGACCAUGUUCAACAUGUCACUGUUGCAAGUUAUGUCACUCGGACAAAACAAUCUAACUGGGUCAAUUCCUAGCAAUCGAAGUUUUAGCCUACCGGUGUUGCAAGAGUUGUACUUGCCUAAGAACAACUUUGCAGGUGAGAUACCACUGGCGCUUUCAGCAUGCCGGCAACUGCAAAUUCUCUCUUUGGCCUUCAAUUCUUUCUUUGGUACUAUCCCAACAUGGUUGGCUCAACUGCCACAACUCAGAAGUAUUACCAUGGGCACAAAUCACCUUGUUGGAUCUAUUCCAGCUGUUCUUAGCAACCUCACCAGUCUUGUCCUACUAGACCUCGCUUUCUGCAACCUGACCGGUGACAUUCCAACUGAAUUAGGCCUAAUGAGAAAACUCUCGUAUCUGCAUCUCGGAUCCAACCAGCUAGCAGAAGCAAUACCAGAAGGGAUCACAUUGAUGCAAAAUCUUGGGUACCUUGAUGUCUCAGGCAAUAACAUGUCAGGCCCUAUCCCAACACAAAUUGGUAUGAUGAAAAGCUUACAGAGGCUGAAUCUCUAUCAAAACAAGUUGUUUGGCUCUAUACCCAAUAGCAUUGGCAACCUUACCAAGCUAGAAUAUUUAGUGGUGUUCAAUAACAACUUAAACUCAACAAUACCAGCUAGCUUAUUCCACCUGGAUAAACUUCUUGAACUAUAUCUUUCUAACAAUUAUUUUUCUGGUGCACUACCAGCUGAUGUUAGUGGACUAAAACAGGUGGAUCAAAUUGAAAUAUCUUCCAACAUUUUGAUUGGAGAAAUCCCCAAUUCAUUUGGACAGCUUAGGAUGCUCGCUCAGCUAGAUUUAUCACACAACUCAUUUGAGGGCACGAUCCCAGAUUCGUUUCAAGAGCUGAUCAACUUAGCAUCACUCAACAUCUCCUCCAACAAUCUAUCUGGUACCAUUCCCAAGUUCCUUGCCAAUUUCACCUCCUUGACGACCUUGAAUCUCUCCUUCAAUAAGCUAGAAGGCAAGAUACCAGAGGGAGGCAUUUUCUCAAACAUCACCUUGACAUCAUUGAUUGGGAAUGCUGGCCUAUGUGGUUCUCCUCGUCUAGGAUUUUCACCAUGUCUUGAGAAGGCUGACUCAACUGACAGACAUUUGCUAAAAUUUCUACUCCCUGCAGCCACCGUAGCAUUUAUUUCUAUUGUUCUUUGUGUUUACCUAAUGAUCAAAAGGAAACUCAAAAACAAGAGUGCCCAUCCCUCUGUUGCUGACCCAAGUGAUGUCAUGAGCCAUAGGUUACUCUCCUACCAUGAGCUUGUUCGCGCCACUGAUAAUUUUUCUGACCAUAACCUGUUGGGGUCUGGGAGCUUUGGAAAAGUUUACAAGGGCCAACUGAACACCAGUUUGGUGGUUGCAAUAAAAGUUCUAGACAUGCAGCUGGAACAAGCAAUUAGAAGCUUCGAUGCUGAGUGCCGUGUGCUUCACAUGGCUCGACACCGGAAUUUGAUAAAGAUUCUAAACACCUGCUCGAACCUGGAUAUCAGAAUAUUGGUGCUUGAGUACAUGUCCAAUGGAAGCCUAGAUACGCUCCUACACGCUGAAGGCAGGAGGCACUUGGGGUUCCUUAAGAGGCUCGAUAUCAUGCUAGAUGUGUCGAUGGCGAUGGAGUAUCUACACCAUGAGCACCAUGAGGUGGUCCUGCACUGUGACUUGAAGCCUACCAACGUGCUAUUUGAUGAUGACAUGACCGCGCAUGUAGCGGACUUUGGAAUAGCAAAGUUGCUAUUGGGUGAUGACAAUUCCAUGAUCACCGCAACCAUGCCUGGAACACUUGGGUACAUGGCACCAGAGUAUGGAUCUCUAGGAAAGGCAUCACGCAAGAGUGACGUGUUCAGCUACGGGAUCAUGCUCCUUGAAGUUUUCACUGGAAAGAGACCCACGGAUCCGUUGUUUGAUGGAGAACUGAGCAUCAGACAGUGGGUUCAUCAAGCAUUCCCAUCUGAACUUGCCUCUGUUCUGGACGGCCAGCUCCUGCUGGAAGCUUCUUCUACCAGCAACCUGAAUGGUUCUCUUUUGCCAAUAUUUGAGAUGGGCUUGCUCUGCUCAAGUGACUCGCCUGAUCAAAGGAUGUCAAUGAGCAAUGUGGUGGCGAAACUGAAGAAGAUCAAAAAGGAUUACACCAGAACGACAUCGACAACAAUGCAGAGCGCUGCCCAGUAAUUGAUCACCCUUAUCUGUAUACUAUGUCAAAUUGUAUGUUAUGUUCUCUUGCUUCUGCAUUUGGAGAGCAAUAUAGUGGAGCAAGGUGCGACGUUAGCCAAGGACCUGAUCGAUAAUGAGAAUGAAGAAAACCAAUUGGAUAUUCUAGCCAAGGAAAACCAAACUGUAGUCUUACCAAUUGGAUAUGCGACCUCGAAGUCAUUCCCUCACUUCCUUUUUACUCUGCUUCAAUGUCAUCUCUGAAGAAUUCUCUACAUGUACGUUCUGAAGCAUUCUGCGAAUUCGGUGGCUGUUCACUCUGAAG